AUGAAUGCGGAGCACGAUCUCAACGGCCGUCCAAGCAAGAGGCGAAAGCUAGAAACUGACAUCACCACAGACGCCACGCCGCCGCCCUCAACAGCAGAAGAAGACAUUGCGGGCGAGGGUACUUCUGCGAGCUUACAAAGACCUAUCAGUCCUCCAGUCGCCCGCAGAAGGAAGCGUUUGCCGUGGUCCUUGACACCGCAAAUACCGUAUGCGGAGACCAAAGCGCACGUGACCGAACAAACAAACGGGCAGACCCCACAAACGCGCACGGCUGAGGAAGAGAUAGACCACGAAGAGACGAAGUUCUACCCGUCGCCAUUCCAGCUCACGAAAAUCAGAGAUCUAGCGCCAUGGCAAAAUAUAGAUACGGUGGCACCGAAGGACAUCCUGGGAGAUCCUUUGAUCAAGGAAUGCUGGAAUUUCAACUACCUGUUUGAUCUGGAUUUCGUCAUGGAUCAAUUUGAUACGGACGUGAAAAAAACAGUCAAUGUGAAAAUCGUGCAUGGAUUCUGGAAGAACGAAGACGAGAAGAGGAUUGCAUUACUGGAACAAGCAAAGCGCUACCCAAAUAUCCAACUCAUAUCAGCCUACAUGCCAGACCCCUUUGGCACGCACCACUCAAAGAUGCUCAUUCUACUUCGGCACGAUGACAGCGCUCAGGUAGUCAUUCAUACCGCAAACAUGAUCCAACGAGACUGGACCAACAUGACGCAAGCUGUAUGGCGAUCACCACUCGUGCCUCUUCAGUCCAUUACCUCGGUCUCCCUAGCCGAUGAAGUUACGCUACCUAUAGGCAGUGGCGGUCGCUUCAAGAAAGAUCUUCUCUGCUAUCUCAAUGCAUACGGCAAGCGACUAAAUGGACUGACGGAGCAGCUCACCAAGUACGAUUUCAGAGCUAUCCAAGCUGCUUUUAUAGCAAGUGCACCUUCGCGUCAGACACCUAAUGCCGCGAGGCCAUCCGUACAGACAUCGUUCGGCUGGCUUGGCCUCAAGGAGAUACUGUCAACCAUCCCAGUAAGGAAGACAGCAACCCCGCUUCCUCCCAGCAUCGUCGUUCAAAUCUCGUCAAUAGCCACACUGGGCGCGAGUCCAGCCUGGCUCAACCAUUUCCACUCUGUGCUCAACCGCACAGCAUCUGCAAACCAUUCCUCGCCAGCAUCCUCCUUCUUCACCAAAGCCUCGUUCAACUCCAAAAAGAAGCCAGAGCCAGAGCUGAACAUCAUCUUCCCCACCGCCCCCGAAAUCCGCACUUCCCUCGACGGCUAUACCUCCGGCGCCUCGAUUCACACGAAAAUCCAAUCACCUGCGCAGCAGAAACAACUCGAGUACCUACGUCCUCUGUUCUGCCACUGGAAGUAUCAGGACCUUCUUCCAGACUCUGCUUCUACUUAUACCAUCCACGCAAGGGAGAGGCGCGAAGCUCACCGCGGUCCUGCGGCCCCGCAUAUCAAGACUUAUGUUCGCUUUGCUGAUGUGGAGAAACAAACUAUAGAUUGGGCGAUGGUCACGAGCGCGAACCUGAGUAAGCAGGCGUGGGGUGAGGUGGAGAAUAAGAAGGAGGAGGUAUGGAUUCAGAGUCAUGAGACUGGGGUUGUGGUUUGGCCUGCACUGUUCAGUGUAGAUGAGGACGCCGUUAUGGUGCCUGUGUUUGGGAGGGAUAUGCUGCAGGCUGGAGAUGUGUCUGGACUGGUGGAGGGGGACGAGAGAGAGAAUGGUGGGAGAAAGGGGAAGGGGAAAACAGUGAUUGGGUUUCGCAUGCCGUAUGAUCUGCCGAUGAGUCCGUAUAAAGCAGGCGAGGUUCCUUGGUGCGCGACGAUGCCGGAUAGCGAAGAGGACUGGAUGGGAAGGGUGUGGAAAGGAUAUUAG